AUGGUGGUGGUGACAUGGUUUUUGAGCGUGGAGGAGAAAGACGCCACCAUUAAGAAGCUGCAGUCACAAUUGGAUGAGGCGCACGCGGAUCUGCACAAGUGGCGCACGGCCUUCCAUCCCGCCAACAUCCUUGCGCCUGAGACCACAGCUGAGCCAGCAGCAGUGGUGGCGGCGUUUGAGGCAGUGAGAGAGGCAGAGGCGCAGGUGCAGGAGAAGCUGCUGGCAGCGCGGAGGAGAGAGGCAGCUAUGCUCAUUCGACUGGCGGGCAGGGAGCAGGAGGUGGUUGCCGUCAAGGAGCAGCUGCAGCAGGUGCUGGAGAGCAUGCAGCCCGCCAACACGCAGACUCGCUCGCUGCUGCUGGAUGCCGCCAUACAUGCCGAGUUCAAACGACUCAAGACUGAGAGCGAGGCCCUGGAGAGGCGGGUGAGGGAGUUGCAGGACGAUCUGGCAGCGGUGCAGUUCACCCCACACAGCAAGAACGGCAAGAUGCUGAUGGCCAAGUGCCGCACGCUGCAGGAGGAGAACGAGGACAUUGGCAGGGAGGCCGCUGAGGGGAAGGUGCAUGAGCUGGAGAACAAGCUCGCCCUGCAGAAGCAGCUCAACUCCGAGCUCAAGCGCGGCUACCAAGAGCUACAGGAGUAUGUGGACGAAAUCAACGAGGAGGCAGAGAAGCUUGAGGAGACGGUGUACAAGCUGCAGAGGCAGCUGCAGCUCAGGGACUCAGAGGGACACAAAGGCCACCGGCGACCAACAGGCGCCAAACUCCCGCAAUCCAUCGCCGGGAUUCCUCCCGGGCCGCUCACAGACUUCGCCUUCUGGGUUCGCCGAACCUUCUUGUCCAAGGACGCGUUCGAGCCGCCGCAGCCGCCGCCGUACAGCAUUAAUCUCUCAAAGGACCAGGCCGUGCUGCUCCUUAAUGUCCUCGCGUUCGGAUACGCCGCGACCGCGGUGACCGUUAAGCUCAUGCAAGAGCUCCACGGGGGAGGCGCGGGGGGAGAUGUCGGGGGAGCGGUAGCCGGCGCGGCAGCUGUGACCGCCGCGGGGGUGGCGGUGGGGGAGGCGAUUUCGACGCCUGUGGGGGAGGUAGUGAGCGAUGUGAUUGGGGGAGAGUUUUUUGGCGGACUUCUGGGGGAGGGUAUGUUCGAGGGUAUGUUCGGUUCAGGUGCCGCUGGUUAUCCACUUUUUGGGAGUCUCGAUACAAGUGUGGAAUUCGCAAUUCGAUUUUUGUUCGCGACGAUUGGGCUGGGCGGGUUCGCGCUGGCGAGACACGUGGCAAGGAUACACCACGAGAGGACACACCAAAAGGAGGCAACUUGGGGCGAGAAGGUGCUCGGAAGCUUCCGAAACUCGUGGGAUGCGGCGUGGGGCCUGUGGGGUAACACUGGGUUGAGCAACCCCAUGACGGCUUUACUGGGGGAGGUCGCAUCUGACAGCGGGGAGAGCGACAGCAGGGGCAGCAACGGCCGGGGAAAAACAGAGCCAGAAGGAGAGAACGGGAAGAAAAAGGGGAAGAAGAAUGGAGGCAAGGAGGGGCUAGCGGCAGGGGUGUGGGAGUCGAUGGUGGGCGGGAGCAAGAAGGAGCGGCGGGAGCGGGCGGCGAUGGUGGUGGGGGGCGUGGAGCUGGGCGUGUGGAUGUUCGUGACGUACGCCGGGCAGGCCAUUGGGCUCGAAACCACCUCUGCGGACGACGCUGCUCUCAUCCUCACCGUCUCGGUGGUGCUGGUUCCGUUCCUGGAGGCUCUCUCAGGCACGCCCAUCAACCGCAGCGUGUGGAUCGCCACACUCCUUGCUUGCACCGGCAUGGUGAUGCUGGAAGGCGGGGAGUCUAUCACUGCUGUUGCAGUAGCAGCAACGCCAGCUGAAGUCAUCGCCAGCUCAGCAUCAGCUUCCUCCAACGUCAUCGCUGACACAGCAGCAGCAGCGCUGGCGUCGGUGCCGGUGCAGUGGAGCCUGCCUGUGGGCCACGUGUGGUGCCUCAUUGGCGCUGUGGGCUCUGCCAUCCACGUGGUCCGCUCCGAGGUCCUCUGUGCGCGCUACGACCCGCUCAUCCUCGUGAUUCUCCAACUCGGCACCACAGCAGCCAUCGGCGUGGUGUGGGUGCUGCUCUCACUGGCAGGCAUCGCGCUCACAGCAGGGGGGAGUGCAGUGGCGGGGGCAGACGGCAGUGGUGCAGCAGUAGCGUGGAACCAGCUGCUGGCCGUGGCUGCUGCUGCUCCCAUCGGCAUGGCAUUGCUGGCUGGGCCCUUCGGAACAGGCAUGUGCGAGUGGCUGGAGAUGGAAGCACUGCGGUUCGUGCGAGCAUCCACAGCCACGCUCAUUCUCACCAUGAGCCCCCUAUGGGGCAGCCUCCUGGCCUUCUUUUUGCUAGGAGAAACACUUAGCACGUCCACUGCCGCGGGCGCCAUUCUUAUUCUGCUUGCCAGCCUGGAGGUGCAGCUCUUAGCGCCACAUGCGGAUGGGGAGGAUGAGGAGGGUGAGGAGGGUUACGAGCAAUUUGUCCAGGAAGGGAGGGGUGGGUGGCUAGGGUUUGGCAAAAGGUGGUGA